AUGGUUGGUCAAAUGAAGUUGAUGAUUGCAGAGGAACAAAAGUUCCAAGGGAAAGCAUUGUCGCUAUCCCAUAUGAAGACCGCAAUCACUACGAUAAAGGAGAAAUUCACUGAACAGCAGCUGCAAAUGUUUGAACAGAGUUGUUUUGGUCAUCUCCUACGGAUUGAGGACCUCAAGUGGACUUCUCCAAUUGUCCACAGCUUGCUGCUCAGGAAAGCUGAUCCCAAGACAGUUUCCCAACUGAACGGGAUCAAAUUCAUUGUUGGCAAUAAGGUCAUCCAAUUCACGGCGCAGCAAUUUUGCAUCGUGACAGGGCUAAGGUUUGGAAACCUUCCCUUUAUUCCGAUUCCCACUAAUGAGAACUGCUCAUUGAAACGGAAGUACUUUGCCAAUGAUAAAACUGUGAACCUGUUGGAAUUAGAAAAGGCCUUCCUCGAAUGCGAUAAUGUGGACGAUGUAUUGAAGCUCGGAUUCGUAUACUUUGCUGUGUUUGUGCUGUUGGGCAGUGAAAAACAUGUCCACAUUGACAUGCGAUAUUUGAAAUUGGCGGAAGACCUUGAAGACUUUGGGAAGUAUCCAUGGGGUGCUGUGUGUUAUGCAAAGACAAAUGCGUCACUGCUGAGGGCACUUUGUGCAGAUUACCAGCGAGUGAAAAUUUGGGCGUAUGAGGUAUUUCCAGCGUUGGCUGCACUACAUUUGGUGGUGCACGAAGAUAAUGCGUACAUCCCUCGUUUACUACAUUGGAUGAGCAAUAGUUCGCCGCGUUUUUAUGAGCUAAUGAGCCAAGUAUUCAAGAACCGUGAGGUUGAUGUGCAGCUUCUCCGGCCAUCUGGUACAGUCGCGUCCACUGAGUUACGUACUUUGAAGCGUGACUUUCAAAGGACAAAGGAUGAAUUGGCCAAAGUUGCCAUAUCAAAUCAAGCGCUUCGCAAUAGAGUGCAUCAGUUGGAAGACAUGGUACGGAAGGAGUCAUUGAAAGUUGAAAGAGAGUUCGAAAAAAAUAAAAAGUGUGUGGAGGAUUUUCGCAACACCCUGGCUUCAAUGGAGCAUUCUUUUAAGGUGGAGAUAGAGCAAAUGAAAAUACGAAAUCGUGGGGUGAAUGAAGGUGGGGAAGGACAUGAGGACCUCGGUAGUCCUCAUAUGAAUGAAGGAGCAGCCGAUGACUUCUCGCCUCCACAUGAGUAUGUUAGUCCGCCUACAGAACCGGCAGUAAUGGAAACACAAGUCCCCGCUGAUGGAGCCGAACCUUCCGCAGCCAUGGUAGUCGAAGAGGCAGCAAUGACUGCUUCAGUUGCUGACUUAGAAGUGCAUGAAGCAGCUGAGCAGGCACAAUCCGAGAAGCUGCCUACCCCGGAAGAUGUGGCGGGGUGUGACGAAAUCUGCCAAAGAGUGUUGUUUUUGUUGCAAGAUUGGAAAAAGAUUCAGAGUAUGCCAUCGGGAGGUCCAAUGAAUCCUCCAAGUCUACCCACAGUUAGUAUGGCUGGUGAUGAAGAAGGGAGUUCGAGUGUUGAAGAAAAGGAAGUGGAAGGUAAAGGGUGCAGACAGAAGCGCCCGGCGCAGACAUUGUUGAGCCCAUUUACUGAUCCUUUGAGGAAGAAGAGGACGAUGAGUGUGUCGGCCGCGAUUGCAACCCCGCCAUGUUUUGAUCCAACAAAACCCGUGCCCAUUGAAGAUGUGAAGGCAGUAAUAGAGUUUUGCACUGCCUGGAAAAACGAUAUCAGUGCGGAGGUGCAGCUGGAAUCAUUUUCAGUGGGCGCAGAUUUUUUCUACAAACUUAUCGAUGACACGGAAUGGGUUAGCUCAAGGCACCUGGACAUGGCAACCUUUCUUAUCCGGAAAAGGCAACUCUCUCAUCCGUUGGUAUUUGGAACUGACUGGACAACGGCAGAUUAUUGCUUGCAGCAAUUUCUAGAGCCGUUGAAACCGACUGCGAAGAAACGUGGAGCGAAGAAGGCAGCUGCUUCAAACACCGUUGACCUUCCACCUAACAAGCUCAAGAAUAUACAUCACUAUGUGCGCGGUACGUGGCAGACGGGUAUGGCCAAGCUUGGACAAAAGUCCGGAAGGUCUAUUUUCCAUAUAAUCUUCGAGGGUCCCACUGGGUUGCAAUCGAAAUUGAUUUCGUCAGACAUACUGCAACUGUGUAUGACUCCUAUGUUGCGUAUACCAAAUCUUCGAGGCUGGUUACACUGCUGCACCCUAUUAGCGAUACACUAGCACGAGUGCUGUACGAGAUGCACUUUUAUGAAGAUUCUGAGGUUGAAGAGGUUAAGCAAAAGGGGCUGCAGAUGUCGAGGUUUACGCCAUUCUCAGUUUGCAGCAUUGCAGGUCUUCCACAACAACAAGAUGGUACGUCUUGCGGAAUUAUAACCGUCAAAUUCAUCGAGCAUCUUAGUGCUAGGAUUUCGGUGGAUAAAGUUGACCCUUUGAAGAUCAAGUAUUACCGACUGAAGCUUGCAAUUGAGGGUUUAAGGGGGGAGGCAUAUUUAUGAGGUAAAUGUCUUAAUGUCCGUGAAUUCACCUCACUAUGGACUUAUGACUUGGGAAUUCACUUUGCUCAUAACUUAUGUCAGGAACUCCUUCAUAUGAACAUGCAG